GGUCCACGGCCAGAACCCAAAGCAGUAGCACAGCACCGCACGGCGUCGCAGCGGCGGUGGAGGCCAUGGCGGCGGCGGUAAGGCACCGGCAGGUGGAGGCGAACGGAAUCUCGAUGCACGUCGCGGAGGCGGGGCCGGCCGGCUCCGCCGCCCCACCGUUGCUGUUCGUGCACGGCUUCCCGGAGCUGUGGUACUCGUGGCGCCACCAGAUGGGGCACCUGGCCGCGCUCGGCUACCGCUGCGUCGCCCCCGACCUCCGCGGCUACGGCGGCACCACCGCGCCGCCGGAGCCCACCUCGUACACCAUCUUCCACAUCGUGGGCGACCUCGUCGCCCUCCUCGACGCCCUCGAGCUCCCCCAGGUGUUCUUGGUGGGGCACGACUGGGGCGCAAUCGUGUCGUGGAACCUGUGCCUGCUGCGGCCGGACCGGGUCCGCGCGCUCGUCAACCUCAGCGUCGCGUUCAUGCCGAGGCGCCCCGCCGAGAAGCCCCUCGACUAUUUCCGCCGAGCGUAUGGCGACGAUUACUACGUCUGCCGAUUCCAGGAACCUGGAAUUGAAAAAGAAUUCACCAGUUUUGACUUGAAGAGAUUCUUCAAAUUGGCCUUGAUCGUUCAAACCACAGGAUCUUCUGCUAUGUCCCUUAAAAAAAUGCGGGCAAGCAACAAGGAAAUAACAUUGCCCCCAUGGCUCUCCGAGGAAGAUAUCAGUUAUCUAGCAAGUGUGUAUGCAAAAACUGGUUUCGCUGGCGGUAUUAAUUACUACCGAUGUUUGAACUUGAAUUGGGAGCUGAUGGCACCAUGGACAGGUGCAAAAGUUCUAGUGCCAACGAAGUUCAUUGUUGGGGAUGGCGACCUGGCGUACCAUCUCCCAGGAGUCAAAAACUAUGUACACAAGGGUGGGCUGAAGAAAGAUGUGCCAAUGCUUGAGGAGGUAGUGGUAAUCAAGGGAGCUGGACACUUCAUCCAGCAGGAGAGAGCACAGGAAGUCAGUGACCACAUCUAUAACUACAUCAAGAAGUUCAACCCUGGUGUUCCAACACCAACAUUAUCGAAACUGUGAAAUGAUUUACUAAUGUACAGAAUAACUUCAAGAGAAUAAAGGAUGUAAUGUUUUAGCCAACACUGUGAUUCUUUUGUCAUGCUAAGUUUGGCUAAUGCUGCGGAGCUAUUGUUAUGCUAAAGCUUGGCUAUCUUGGCAAACGAUGAGAUUUCAAGUGUCUGAACGAAUAUUAGGCUUUUGAGGAA